AUGUUUGCUACAAGAUUCGAUCCUAAUAUUUUAAUAGUGGAUGAACAAAAAACUUCUUCAAAAAGAAAAUUGAGUGAUGUUGAAUCAGAUAAUGAAGAUGAAAAUAAAAAUGAAUCAAGUGAUAGUGAUGAAGAAAUGAAAGAUUCAAGUGAUAGUGGAAGUGAUAGUGAUAGUAGUGAAGGAAGUGAUAGUGAAAGUGAUAGUAGUAGUGAUAGUGAUGAUGAUAGUGAAAAUGAUUCCAGUGAUAGUGAAACCAAUGGUGAUGAUAAUGAGGAUAAUAUCAAAGAAGAUGAUAAUGAUAAAAUAAUACCCGAUGAAAAACCUACAUCUGAACCAUUACAACCUUUAGAACCACAAGAUCAUGAUUCAAAAUUUUCCAAUAUAAUUUCAAGAUUUACAACAUCUGUUAGUAAAACAGAAAAAUUACAAUCUCAACAAUCUGAAGAUCAAAUUGAUGAAGAUGAAGAUAUUAAAGAUGCUGAAACACAUGAAUUAGGUCCUUUACCACAACCUGAAUUACCAAGAGAUCAAAGAUUAUCACGUUCUCAAACAAACAAUUCAUUGAAUUGGUUAGCUACACCUGAAUAUAUUAAAACAGAUGAAAUUAAACCAUUUAAAGAUUUUGAAAUUUCACCAAUAAUUUUAAAAAAUUUAAAAGAUUUGGGAUUUGAUAAUGCAUUUGCAACACAAAUUAAAACUUUAGGCUUAUUAUUACCUGAAAUAAAUAAUAAAUUAAAUCCAAAUUCUAUAAAAGGUGAUUUAUUAGUUAAUGCAUCAACUGGUUCUGGUAAAACUUUAGCAUAUACAAUUCCAAUUAUUCAAUCAUUACAAAAUAGAAUUGUACCAAGAUUAAGAUGUAUUAUAUUAGUUCCAACAAAACCAUUGAUUAAUCAAGUUUAUAAAACAAUGGAUUCUAUUUCCAAAGGGAUUGAUUUAAAUAUUGUUACAUUGGGUAAAAGUGAUUUAAAUUUACAAGAUGAACAUUUAAAAUUAAUUAAAAAUGUACCAGAUAUUAUAAUAUCAACCCCUGGGAGAUUAGUUGAUCAUUUGAAUCUCAAGAGUAUUGAUUUGAAAAAUUUACAAUGGUGUGUUAUUGAUGAAGCUGAUAGAUUAUUAAAUCAAAGUUUCCAAGAUUGGUCAAAUGUUUUAAUAACAAAAUUAAAUGAUGUUAAUAAAGGAAAUAAUAUUUCCAAAAUUUUCAAACCAAAUUUAAUUAAAAUGAUUUUCAGUGCUACAUUAACAACAGAUUCUGGUAAAUUAUCAAAUUUAAAUUUCCAUAAUCCAAGAUUAAUAAUUGUUAAUAAUGAAGAAAGUAUAUUACAAAAUGAUAAAAUUUUCACAUUACCAACUCAAUUAUCUGAACAUACAAUUAAAUUAUCAAGUAAUUCAUCAAGUCAUAAACCAUUAUAUUUAUUAAAAUUAUUUGAAUGGUUAAAAUAUCCACAUAAUGUUUUAAUUUUCACAAAAUCAAAUGAAUCAACUUUAAGAUUAUCAAGAUUAUUAAGUAUAUUAGUUUCUAAAUUAUCAAUUCCAUUGAUUAUAUCAAAUAUUAAUUCAUCACAAUCAAGAUCUGAAAAAUCCAAAUUAUUAAAACAAUUUUCAGAAGGUUCAAUUCAUAUUUUAAUUUCAACAGAUUUAAUUUCAAGAGGUAUUGAUAUUUUAACAAUUCAACAUGUUAUUAAUUAUGAUUUACCAAAUUCAAGUAGAGAAUAUGUUCAUAGAGUUGGUAGAACUGCAAGAGCAAAUAAUAAAGGUGAUGCAUAUAAUUUCUUAAUUGGUAAAGGUGAAGUUAAAUUUUGGAAUAAAAUUAAUUUAGAUAUUAAUAGAAAUGAAGAAUUGAAUGAAAUUGAAUUAGAAAAAGUUAAAGAUAUGGAACAAGUUUACGUUGAAUCUCUUGGAGAAUUGGAAAAAGAAGUAUUCAAUAAAUAA